AUGGUAUCAAUAUUACCGCCAAAUAUCCUAUCGUAUAUCGCAACACAUAUCAAUAAGAAAGACCAGACCUCCUGUUCACUUGUCUGUAAGAGAUGGACAGAGCCGUUUCUAAACGCUUAUUGGGCCAAACUAGAGAUCGAUGAAAACAAAUUAAGCACCAUGUUCGCCACAUCCACUCUUAACGAAGUCUACAGGAAGAACGUUCAUCGUGUGUGGGCAUUGGAUCUCAAGCGGAUAAAUAUAAGACAUAUAGGCUAUGUUACACAGUUACAGCAAAGCUUCCCUGGAAUAAAAUAUCUCUUUUGCGACGAAGAGAAUCACGAAGAUGAAAGCGACAACUGGAUGAUACGUUCUAUUGAUUGGAUUAGUUGGAGAUUUUUAACGCACCUGAGCAUAAAAUUGACCAGUAAACACUCUGGGCUAGAAGACAUCUUUAUGAACCUUUCGGUAUCUCGCUCCCUUGCUCAUUUUACGCUUAAUUCAGAAAAUAAUGUCGAAGAGACCAACACUAUGUUAUGGACUCAAUUUGAAUCACUCCACCGCCACAUGAGACAGUUAGAGUACCUUGAUAUCAACUAUCCUCUUUCAUCGAUUUCGAAAUAUGAUUUGGAAAUGAUAAAAACCAUUGAACCGGCACACAAAAUUACAAAGAUUACUUUUCUUGAUGUGAGAAUUGAUGGUUCUUGGCUAUACUAUUUUGCAUUGAAGUACCCGAACCUACUCAGUCUUAACAUGAAGCCGUGCAAAGCUCGCAGACCAUUAGUACAAGAGACUUACAUAAACAAAUACCAGGGACAGUUAAUAUUGCUGAAAACACUGAAUCAGUUUUUUCCUUAUUUAAAAAUGGUACAGACACCUACGCAUACUUGUAACAGAUGGCCACUUUAUAUAUUCUACAUGACUCUUAAUUACUUUAAUAUAAAGUUAGAGCGUGUUGUAUUCGACACUCAUGUAUACAAGUCACUACUUAUGGAUAAUCUCACUAAGUGUAUUAAGCAAGUUUCAGAAUCGGUGAAGAUUAUGUGGGUGACUAUAACCGAUUAUCUGAACGCUAAACCGCGAUCUCGCAUUAUUUUCAAUUUAUGCCCGAAGCUUGUUGAACUACACAUUCUAGAACACCGAAGGAUUGAAAUGGAACAUCUCUUGGAUCAAUGUCCAGUUUUGAGGUCAUUAUAUAUAGAGAAUUCCACUACUUACCUCAUAAACCCCUCGCGACAUAUAACAAUCCCACACUCGUUACAAAAACUGGAAUUCAUCAACGUGUCUGUUCCUAUACACCUAUUCAACUACAUAUCUCUGCGUUGUAAACAACUUAAAUAUUUGAAGCUAAAGAGCGUUACAUUUCUUAUUCCUGAGUGGGACAUAAAUGGAAAAGCGCUCUUCGAUAUGCACAUGUCGCAGUUGAAGACAUUCAUAAUUUAUAAUUACAGUUAUUGUUUUCAGCAUGUCAGACAUUAUGCCAUUGAGCAACUGGAGAAUACGGAUGGUAAUUCACUACAACAUCAAGAAAGCCAAGAAAUAUCAUUUCGAACAAACUGGUACCACUUGUGUUUGGAUAAAACAAACAGAAAAGAAAGACUUUUGGCGUGGGAGCUUGGAAGACGUGACAUAGAGUUUUCCCAAAGAUACUACAAAGACUUUGAGCGCAGAAAAAAACGUGAAAAAAAAAGAAAAGACAUGAUACGACAUUGUGGAUAUGCACCUAAAAGGUUCUGGAAAAGAGAUCUUCAAUAUGGUGUUAUGAUAUUUCGAUUCAAGUCUGUCAAAGAGUAUUUUCUGGAUGAAAAAAGAGAAAUCGACAAAGAUAAACACAUACAGUCUCAUCAAUUAAAUGAAAGAAAAUUUUAG